AUGCCAAAGGCGAAAGAGUCAAGCGUCUCUCACCGGGCGUGGAAAUUCCUGCGCCUCACCCUGUUCUGGGCGAGGCAAGGCAGGGCGUUCAAGCUGCAGCUCCGCCUGCUCGUGCCCAAGUUCCUCAAGACCAUCGGCCACGCGGUGACCCCUCACAGCCAUAUCUGGUACGGCAAGCGGGAGCUCUCCUUUGAGAAGACUCCAGUUGUCCACGUGAAGAUGCACCGCCCUGGGUCGAUGCGGUUCAUGUUCCCGUGCAUCAAACCUAAAGUGGACUUUGAUAUGGAGUUCGAUGAUGAGGACAGUUAUAGAGUUUAUAAUGGAUAUGAUAGUACGAAGAAGAGCUUCUUCCUCGAAAAUGCGGACGAGGAAGAGUCCUCCUAUGAUGACAACGGGAGGAUCGAAUUUGAGGAGGAAGAGCGUGGGAUCGACUCAAGAGCGGAGGAAACAUGCUGA